ACUAACGACGAAAAUAAUACUAUCGAACAAUCACCUCAUUUUAUCCUUCUUCGUUACUGCUCCGUCUUCACUCACUUUUUUAUCUCCUCCACUCCCUCUCACACGCACACGCACACAAAUCCUGUAUCUAUCCCCUCCACCAUUGUCAUCCUCCCCUCAUCUCUUCCUCCUCCACUCCUCUCCAAAAUCCCAUACACCAAAAUACAAUAUCAAGAAGCAAGAAUCCCCUUUUUUCAGAACUGAGAUCUCUCUCCCCGGCUAUCUAUAACUCGGUUUUUUCCAGAUCUUGACAAGAAAGACGACACCCAAAACCCCAUCUUUCAUAUACAUAUAGGAAUUUAUAAGAAAUUUGGGUCUGAAGAUGGGUUCUAUGAAGUUAGAUCUAUAUAGCAGAAUCUACCCGGAACCGGUCGACCACUUUGAUAUGCUACCAGAUUCUAUUAUUCUCAUUAUCUUUAACAAAAUUGGAGAUGUCAAGGCCUUGGGUCGAUGCUGCGUCGUUUCGAAAAGGUUUCACUCUCUGGUUCCUCAGGUCGAUAACGUCGUUGUUCGUGUCGAUUGUGUCAUCUCUGAUGAAAAUUCAUCCAUUUCGGGAACCUCCGCUGCCUCGGCGUCGACGGCUGACAAGUCCCGCCACCCCAUCUCAUCCCUUUUCCGGCUUUUCUUUUCGGGCCUCUAUAAGUCACUUACCCAGCUUAUGACUUCCUCCCCACGCCGCCCCAUCGUUUCGAAUUCGGAAGAUUUUAACUUCAAUAUGGACCAGAACAGCGUUACCCAUCAUUCCCCUACUCAAGUCUUGAAGAAUUUUGAUGAAAUUAAGUUUCUGAAAAUUGAGUUACCCAAUGGGGAGCUCGGGAUUGAAGAAGGUAUUUUGCUUAAAUGGAAGGCGGACUUCGGUUCCACUCUCGACAAUUGUGUUAUUCUUGGAGCCUCCAGUGUCAUUCAGGCUGCGAAUGCUAAAAAGUGUUCCAGUGUUUGUAACAAUGAUAAUAAUGGAGCUGAGAGCGAUAAUGGGAGCAUACCCGAAUCAUUUUACACAAAUGGGGGCUUGAAACUGCGUGUUGUGUGGACAAUAACCUCAUUGAUGGCUGCCUCUGCUAGGCAUUACCUGCUGCAGCCAAUAAUAGUAGAGCACAAGACGUUGGAGACCUUGGUUUUGACGGAUGGUGAUGGACAAGGGGUGUUGUCUAUGAAUAAAGAGCAGUUGGAGGAACUGAGGGUGAAGCCUCUAUCUGCCUCAUCAGCUUCCAAGAGGACUCUGGUACCGGCUUUGAGUAUGCGGUUGUGGUAUGCGGCACAUUUGGAGUUGCCCAAUGGGAGUGUGUUGAAAGGGGCGACCUUGGUUGCUAUCAGACCAAGUGAGCAGCCCAAGGAGGUUUUGGGGUCAGAAGCCAGUUGGGUUGCUUCGGCGUUUGAGGAGCCAUUUGGAACUGCUGCAAGGAUGCUGGUGAAAAGGAGGACUUACUGUCUGGAAAUGAACUCAUUUUGAGAUGGGAUUCCAUGAAUACAUGUUUGAGUUUGAAUCGUUCGCUUACUCUCCCUGAAUCCAUUUUUGGUGUUAAUUGAACUUUCUGGGAUAACACAACUUUCCUAGGAGGAGGAAGAUGAGGAGUAUUCACAUGCAGGGAAAACACAAUUUUUUCUUAAGCACAAUAAUGUACCAUGGGCAAAUAGCUAGCCAAAAUUAUCUUUCUUCUACAAUGACGAAAAGCCAGCAGGUGAUCAAUAAUGAGCUGUGGAAUGAUCCUCCUACAGUCGAGCUGAUGCUUGAUGGGCAUUUGCUUUUAUAUUAAGUUCAGGCAUGUGCUUUUACGGGCGCACAUAUUCUUAUGGAUUGAUGUUGAGCUUUGUGCCUUUGAUUUUAUGCUCUUCUUCUUUACUAAUUUUCGACAUCUGUGAAUAUGGUAUGCUUAUGCUUUGUUCCAUUAAGGUUCAUUGAGCAAUGUGUCUUUCAAUUAUCUGGAUAUUCAUAUCUGCUGAAUUAUGGGUAGCAGAUAUGAGAAAUAAAUAAAUUGACGUACUGUAUUGCCUUAAUUGAGACAUUUUAUAAAAUGCAAUGCAGAUUAUGUUAUUACUAGUCUUCA